AUGGAGUUCAACUGGCGUGAUGAACAGAGCGUGAACAUUACCAGCGAUCUGAGCAGCUUCGAAGAUGAGGAAAGAGAAGCUGGGGACGCAUCAACAACUACACUUACGCAGGAUAUAAGUGUCAAUAAUUUGGCGGCUGGAGAAGUCAGAACGCCAACUGCUCCGAAUCCGCCAAAUUUGUGUAGCUCGGAGCCAACUACUGGUCGUUUAUCUUUGUCGCAACCUGAGCUACCCAUCAAUUGUACUCCACCUACAAGAAUCGCCAAAUUGACCAUGUCUACUGGAAAUAUUUGUAGUUCUUCGGGUAAACCUCCUCGUCCAUAUAAAGUGCCACUGUCACAGACUCUCGAGGAGAACAAACACCUCAGAGAAGAGAUUGCCGUUUUAAAGAGUAAACUCGAUGUCGAACAAUACAAGGUUGCAGAAUUGAAAUCUCUUCAACCUCGAGAAGUUCAAGAUAUUCUUGAAGAGUAUUACUCUCUGCAAAUGUCGAAAUUCGAUCUGGAUGAUGAACGCAAGCAAAUGGCUGAGGAAAGGCGUCAAAACAACCUUGAAAUGGAGCGCAUUGAGGUUCGGGCUCAGACGAAGAUCGAGGCACUACAGAGGAAGUUACAUGAAUCUGAGACGAAGUGUCAGAGUGUGAUUCAUGAACUCGAGCAAUACAAGGAACGCGUAAGGGUGUUAGAGGCAGAGAUCGCUAAGUUUGAUGAGUUACCCACGAGUAUUGAUGGCUUGAAGGGCGAUGACAGCGAUUGGACCAUACGUUCCGAGGGUGAUAUAGUGUCGGAAGAACUACGGAGACGCCUAUUUGCGAUGGAAAAGGAGAACAAUGCACUACGUCAGAAAAUUGAUGAGCAAACGAAAGAACUCGAGGAGAAGCUAACCAUGCUCAGCGAAGCAAUGUCACAAAGCAAGUUAAGUUUUUAG